AUGGGGGGAAUGGGAAAAAAAAAAAAACCUAAAAAACAAAAAAAUAGUAUGGGUAGAAGUUUAAUGCAUAAUAAGUUAAGGCAAAAGGAAAGAUCAGAUACAAUAUUAUAUUCUAUGAUUGGAAAUGAAAAUGAAGAAAAUAAAAAUAUAGCCAAACAAAUAUCAGUUUUAAAUAAAAAUUCGAUUGAUGAUUAUCUGGAUAAUCAACUUGCAAUUAGUAAUGUACAAGUUAGUAAAAUAUUUAUACAAAAAAAUGAAAUUAAAGAAAAAAAAAAUCUAAAAUCUCAUAAUAAUUAUCAAACUAAUGUUCAAAAUAUUGUUCUCCCUAUACCUGGUAGACCAAUACUUUUAAAUGAUGAAGAAAAAUUAAAUAUAAAUUUAAAAAAAAUUAAUAUAAAUAAAUCGAAAAAAAAAAAAAAAAAAAAUAUUAAGCAUAUUACAUUUUUGAUGAAAGGAAAAAAUUUAAUGCCACUAAACCCAAAGACAUCUCAUUCUGAUCGUACAUCUAAGCCACGUGUGAAUCCCCAGACCCCCAACCAGUCCACUGCCCCUCUCCCUGAGCAGCAAUCUCCGGAGCCGGCCAGCGAAGAGAACGAAGUGGAAAACGAAGAGGAAGAGAACGAAGAAAGCGAAGUGGGAGAGGACGAAGUGGAAGAGGGUGAGGAAGAGGAAGAGGACGACGCGGUGGACGAAGUGGGAGAGGGCGAAGUGGAAGAUGAUGAAGCGGUGGAGUACGAACUGAAGUAUGUGAAGAUGUACGAACGUUUGGGUAAAAAAUAUGAAAGAGAAGAGUUUAGAAGUGAACUAAAUAAAUCAAAACUCGAAAAAUAUGAAUUAGAACAUUUUGUAGAGUGGAGAAAAUUAUUAAGCCAAGUAGAAGAAAAAGAAGGAUAUAUUGUAACACCAUAUGAAAAAAAUAUAGAAUAUUGGAAACAAUUAUGGAGAGUUAUAGAAAAAAGUCAUGUUUUAUUUUAUAUUAUAGAUGCAAGAAAUCCUUUAUUUUUUUAUUCUAAAGGAUUAGAUAUAUAUGUAAAAAAAGUUGACAAAAGAAAAGAAUUUAUUGUUAUAUUAAAUAAAUCUGAUUUUUUAACUUAUGAAGAAAGAAAAAUAUGGGCUGAAUAUUUUGAUGAAAAAAAAAUAAAAUUUAUUUUUUUUUCUGCUUUAAGAGAAUUGUAUCAUCAAAAUCAAAUUAUAAUCGAAGAUAUGAUUCCACUAUCAAAUUUGUAUAAAAAUAAAUCAACUACUAAUGAAUUUGAUUUAAAUAUAAAUAAUAAAAGAGAAUGUCAAACAUUUUAUAACGAAUCUGAAAAUAGUUGUAGUGUCGAUUGCAAUCCCCCAAAACAAAGUUCUGAGAUGGGGGGUAGCGAAAUUGGUAAAGAAGCGGGAAACGAAAAUUGCGGCGAAAAUAAAAAAGUAAUAAAUACAGGAUACGGAAAUUUAAAUUAUGAAGAAAAAAAAAACACAAAUACAGAUAUAUUAAGUGUACAAGACUUAAUAAAUUUAAUUAAAAAUAUAAAAAAUAAAAUAAAAAAUUUAUAUGAUAAAAUAGAAAUAGAAACAUAUGAUUCACCAAAGUUUAUGGUAGGCUUUAUCGGGUUUCCUAAUGUUGGAAAAAGUUCGAUAAUUAAUUCUAUUUUUGGAGAAAAAAAAGUUGGUGUUAGUAGACAGCCAGGAAAAACCAAACAUUUCCAAACAAUACCAUUAAAUUAUUAUGGUUUCACAUUAUGUGAUUGUCCUGGACUUAUAUUUCCUUCAAUUGUGUUUAAUAAACAUGAUUUAAUAAUUAAUGGUGUGUUUUCUAUUGACCAUUAUAAAGGAGAUGAUGUAGAUGUAAUUCAAGUUUUGUGUAAUAUAAUCCCUGAACAAUUAUGUGAAAGAUAUAAAAUAAAGAACAAUCUUAUUCGUUCUAUUCAAAUUAAUAAAACAUCAACAUACAAAUAUAUGAAUGCUCGCAAAUUCUUACAUGAGCUUUGUUUUUAUAGAAAAUAUAUUUCAGGGGGAAAAGGUGGUGUUCUAAAUUUUAAUUUUGCUACUCGAUUAAUUAUUCGAGAAUUUAUAACAGGAAAACUUCAUUAUAAUUUUAUGCCAAAUUAUUUAGAUAAAUAUUCUUAUGCAUAUACCAAAGAAAUCCAAUCUCACCUCGACACUCCGGAGUUCCUCCUAAACCCUGACGACGGCCUCUCCAAGGCGAACCCAUCUGAAGAUGUCCUGGUCACUAAGCGAAAAUUUCGGUACAUGCAGAAGCGACUCAUCAAAGGGAAAAAUGUGAUAAAGACUCCGAUCAGUGGAUGA